ACCCAUGCCAAAUAAUUCUAUGUCUCGAUAUAUCCUAAUUGUGCCAUGUGGAAGGUUGAGGUGGUAGAUUUGACUAUUGGAUAUAUAUGAAUGAUUUGAUUAAUAACAUAUAAAUUUCAUAUUUAAAUGCAAGCAUUUAGCUUCUCUUGUAUAUCUUGCCCAUGGUUUAAAAAAUGGGUGAAUGGGAUUGGAAUUGGUUGGUACUGAUUUUGAUUUCUGCCACUCUAAAUUGAAAUAUUUCUGUUAAAAUUGGAAUUUUCUGAUCAAAUAACCAAUUUUAGGGUUUUUGUGAUCAAUUUUGACCGAUCUAAAUUAUAAUCGACAAGGAUUAAUUUCAUCAUCGAUUCUUGUGUUUUAAAACCUUGGUCAUGCACCCCCCCCUCGCUAGAUUUAGGUCCUUUCAAGUCUGGAGGUGGCUGGAGAGGGACCAGCCAGACAUAAAAACAUCAGAAAUAGAAUGAAACCCUUUAUUUUUUUUCUCCUGUUUUGUGUUUGACUAAUCUAAAUUCUCUCUCCUCGGAUAUGACUUCUCUUCAAUGUGACAUCCAACAACAGCUAGGAGGAUUCGAAAAACACAUCAACAUGUGGCACCAUUGAAUGCCACGUUAGAUGCCCAACAUGUUGGAGAGUAUAUUUCCCCCUUUGACCACUGGUCCUUCGUCCUAGACUCCUAGUCAAUAUUUUUCAUUUCUCGAUCGAUCAAUCCAAAAUUCCAAAUCCAACUCGACCCGGAUUUGGGUGAACCAGAAUAGAAGAACAAACCAAAGCGAAACAAAGCUAAGGUCCUAAACCCUAAAACGUCGAGGAUCUCUCUCUGUCUCUCUCUCCCUCUCUCUCUCUCUCUCUCUCGGGAACGGUAAGCCUCCCUGCGUUUGUGUUUCAUUUGUCUGCCAUGAAAUUUGUGUAAUGAGAUUUGGAUUUCCUGCCAUGGAUUCUCUGAGACGAGCUCUUUCAAUGCCUUCUCUCAACUCUGUCCCUUACUCUUAACUCGUUGCUAUGUCUGCCACUUCGAGAGGCCUCAUUUCUCGUCUCAGGCUUCUCUCAUUUGCUCCAACAACAACAACAAUUAGCAAUAUUCAUCAUCAACUCAGGAGAUUCUCCGCACAAUCUGUGCUCAUCGAGAAUGAUGACGAUUUCGACAUUGGAGGGACGAGAAUCAUCGAAGCAAAAUCGGGAGUUAUGGCUCCUAAUUCGAAGAGGACCGGUGCAAUCGCCGUUAAAUGUGCAAUGUCGGCUACUUGGGACAAGUGGGGAGCUAGGGUUCUAGUCACAGUCCUCUGGUUGGACGAUAACAUUGUAUCGCAGGUGAAGACGAUCGAGAAGGAAGGAAUCACAGCCUUACAGGUUGGAUGCGGACAGAAGAAGGAGAAACAUUUGACAAAACCUGAAGUGGGUCACUUUAGAGCUCAAGGAGUUCCAUCGAAGAGGAAACUGAAGGAGUUUCCGGUGACAAAGGAUGGACUUCUUCCUGUUGGUACUCCGAUAACUGUUCGUCAUUUUGUUCCAGGCCAAUAUGUUGAUGUAACAGGGAUUACUCGUGGGAAAGGAUUUCAGGUUCGAAAGAGGUGUAGAAGGAAAGGAAGAAGGGCG